CAGCUGUGUGCAAAAAUCAAAACACUGGCUCAAUAUGUGUCGACGAAAUCAGCUGGCGGUUCAGAUGUUGUGAGAUUUGAAAUUGUGGAUUUAUGUCAAGAAGGAUUUUGUCAAUUUUGGGAGUCUUUAUUUAUUGUCCUGCCGUCCCACGUUCUGCCCUGAUGUAAUAACAGAAAAUUGACUGACCAAAAUGACAAUCAUUUGAGUCUUAAUAAAAAACAACCUGCCACUGCUAAUCAACGAUCCUACUCAUUCACAACUCAUAACAUUUAACAACAAUGCAAGUACCAGGGAACCCGUUCCAGACAGCUCAGUCAUUUGAAAUGAACAUCGCUGCACCAGCAGGCGGAUGCAUGAACGGCCAUCACCACCUUGGAGCAAAUGGCGCCCUCAACGGCAGCUAUGGAUUUGGUCAGAAGAGAAAGAGGGUGGGGGGAGAGAUGAUGGAAGAGCCAAGACACAAAAGGUGCAACUCACUGGAGGCAAAUGAGUUCAGGGGUCGCAACUUCCUGCCGGUCAAGGGGUCAGACAACGUCUUCCAGUCCGAGGUCGUCAAACCGAAAGGAGAGACGAUGUACCGCCCUCUGACAGAGGAUCUUCUCAUUAAUAUGCGACACAUUGAACAAGUCAGCUUUGGGAUGGGUGUGUACUUCAUUGGUGACCUGCGAGGAAAUUACGUCCGGUCAGAUCGUGGUCAUGUGGUCAACAUGUGGCGUUUUGAUACAAAUCAACAGAGACUCUUUGUCUCCAGGUCCUUGCUCUUCACCGAUCUCAUGAAAUUUACCGAACUACAAAAUAUUCUACAAACAAUGUGAACAGGCAAACACAAGAUGAAGAAAUAGAUGUCACAAUGGGGCCAUGGAUUGGUUGAACAUAGUUUUUCCAGAUAACCGUGUCUCCCUUAAUUUUACCUUAAUUUGUAAACAAGAUGUAAACACAAACCAUAUUAAUUAGGCCUACUGAUUGUAAACAAAAAAAUAAUAAUAAUGUACCAAACAUGCAUUUACUUAAACGUUUUACAUCCAUGUACUGUAGUAUUUCUUUAGAAAAGUGAAUCUUUUUUUUGCAUUGAAAUGAAGCAGUACAUGUAUAGAUCUAUUAAAUAAACAGUACAUUUCUUAGUCUUGAAUUAUAAAAUGCACGUGAUUACUUUUCUAGAUGUGAGAGUAUUUCAAUGAAAUCAUGGCUAUAGUUAUGUUUCUUAAAAACAUGGUUUCAUCUAUUCAAACUAGAAUUGUUGUGUGGCUCUUUACAUACCCACUGGACCACUGGCCAGAGGCAGAAAGCUGCAUAAAGCUAAGCAGAAUAUACUGCUUGGCAAAUUUCUUUGCUAAGCAAAAAUUGAGUGGGGCACCACCAGCCACAAUACUGCAAACUAACAGUAAAUUAUGGCUUGUAGCCUGUUUCUGCGAAGCAAUACUAUUUUGUGCUUAAUAGCAAGUAGUUUUGUUGCUUGGAAGCUUAAUGAAAUUGGGCCCUUGUCACGUGAUCAAAGAGUUGCUACUUUAGGAAACUCAUGAUUGAUGCAAACAUAGUCACCAAUAUUGAUUACUUCAUAAAGUAUUGCUAAUCCAGCUGAACAUAUUCUAUGCAAAGUUUGUAUGUAAAUUAGAUGUUAUUUCUGCUGUAUAUAAUUGUAAAACUGCUGAAGUAUGUGUUCUCCCAUCGUUAAAAUUAAGGUAAAUGUAUAAAUACAACGGUAAUAGUCAAUUGUUUUUCCUCUAUACAAUUCUAUGAAAAUAGAAAGAAAAUAGUGUGGGCCCCUUUUAAUAAAGAAAUCAAGAAAAUACGAUAAAUAUUGUUGGGACUGAAAACUAAAAACACAAGCAAGGCUCUGGUCUGUGGUUGGAUUUGAACCGGGGUCCACAGAGGUGAAAGGCACGCAAAGCAACCACUGAGCCAACCAGAAUGCCCAGUGUGAUAAUGCUUCUUGCCGUCCAUGCAAGCGCAUCACUGUGAUUACAACGCCAUGGUGCAUUUAAAUUUAUACAAAUAUAUGUUAAUUUGAAAACACAUUGAACUACAGCAACCAAGUUUGAUUACAUUGUAUGUGAAUAAAUAAUAGCAAUGAUUUCCGUAUUAGACCAGCAUUAAUGGUCAUUUGGUGUAAAAAAACAAAUUGUGUAGACAUAUACUAAACAGUAUAUUGUGUUUCUUGUAAACCUUUAAUCUCAUUUUCAAAUAACAAAUUAUGAAAUGCUUAUUAAAUCCAUGUAGCUAUCGGUAUAACUCCCGUCCAACUGUGGUAAGUUUCUUAGCGCUGCCUAGCUGUAAGCAAAUUUUCAGGUUAAAGAACUAUAGCUGACAAAUCUUGCUUAUAAAUAGGUAAGCGCAUUUCACAUAGUAGCAAGAAAAUUGGGCAGCCAGCUUGAGCGUUCACCACGGAUUGGCAUUGUUAUUAUAUGUCAUUCAUUUUCAUACAGUAAGCAUACCUUUUCAUUAGCUUACAAUUAGCAGCACUUUGAAAACGAUAUUUGCACAGUUGGCACAAAAACGGCCGUUAGGCAGCUCUAUGAAUUUUCCACAGGAGACCACAGUACAUAUUAAGCCAUGGGAUUUCUUGAUAACAUGUCUACAUACUCUGUGGCACUCUGUGGUACUAUGUGGUACCAGUGUAUAAGAGGGUUUUAAUAAUGUAAACACUUUAAAAACACAGCAUUUAAAACUAUUUUAAAAAGACAUAGUACAACAUGGUGUUUCCGCAAAAUAGCCAUCCAUGUGUGGUAAUGUUACGAUCAAAUUUUAAAGAUUUUGCAAAAGUAUACUUGUAACAAAUAAAGCCAUUACUAAAGGGGCUGUGUCGUCACGACCAAGGAUGCAUGUGGCUUAACAAAGAGUUGUAAACUCUCAUCCAGUUAAUGCAUGCAAGUGCGCUUCCUCAAUACAUAUAAUGAUAUAGAAGAAGGCAUGCGGGCCCAUCAGGUCAUAAUUCCAUGUUCAGCCGCAGGCCUGCCUGCCUUGAUCAUGACAACACAGCCGACCCCUUCAUGGGCUGGCUUACCAACUUCAGUUCUCUUGUGUUUCUCCCAUUCAAAUCACUGAACUGUAACCUGAGUGAGUGAGGCUUGGAGUUUAAGUACAGUCUGGCACCUUUUUAUAACAUGAAUUCAAACAACCAUGCAGGAAUUAGGAAAAUAUGGGUAGGGAGCAUCAAUUGAAAAUUGUGUUUAAAUAGUUUAUUUAACCAAGUUUUGCAAAUAUUGCUGUGAAAUUGGUUCAGUUAUCAUUGUCAGUGAAAUGUAAAAUGUCAAAUGACACUAUAUGUGAAUCCGAUGCUGUACCUUGGGCUGUUCCCUAGUUACCGGCUGUGGCUGUACUAGCAAUAUUUUUUUAAGAAGCAUAGGCUGCCCUUAGUACUAGCAGAAGCCACAGCCACAACUGCUGAUUCCCUAGUUACCGGCUGUGGCUGUACUAGCCAUUUUUUAAGAAGCAUAGGCUGCCCUUAGUACUAGCAGAAGCCACAGCCACAACUGCCGAUUUAAAAAUAAUCAUAAUUUAUACAUCUCAGAUAGUCGGUGUGCUAUAUUAAUAGGAUUGUAAAACUAAAUUGUAUCACAGAAAUCAAAUGGUUUCCUAAAAGAAAUACUACAAUAAUAUUCAAUUUAAGUAAAAUAGUUUAAAAUGGAAUAAGUUAAUGAUGAUUGAAUUAACACUUUUCUGCUGUUGAAAAUUACCUCAAAGGCUGGUUGAUUAAGUCCUAGUAGUUAAGAACAAAAAUUAAAAAAAUACUUUAAUUGAGAGGUGAGCUUCCUUUGCCAUGGUCUUGGCUUUAGACAAAAGGAAAGUUACCUUGCUGCCAAGAAACUAAAUGUCGUAACACAACUUGGGUUAUCCAAACCUAUGGUAUAACUAUGGUAUAAUUAUAGGCUCACCCUUCAUAAUUGACAUGUAUGAAUGUACCUCAUUUGAUCAUAGUUGUAUGUCUAUUUUGUAGAAGUUAUCUACUCAGAAAGUAACUGUAAUAAGAAGUUACUAUAAAAAUUGUUUUCUGGUCAGAAUCUGAAAUAAAAACCAAUCGCCAUUUUUGUAAAAACAA